CCCUCUUAAGUAGUCACCUCCUCUCUUGCAUGACUCUAUAGCAAAUCCAAAAGAGAGGAAUUUCUUCUUGUUUACAAAGUUUCCUCAAUUGGGUUCUCUUCUUUUUCUUCUCUUCACUUUUCUCUAUCUCCUCAACCUUCAAAACCAGAAUAGUGAUGAGCAACAGCUUUGUGUAGAGAGGGAUAGAGAUUGCUUUAAUAUAUAUUUGAAUAUUCUUGAAUCUGCGAAAGGGCAAAGCUUUUCUUUUUUUUUUUGGGAGGAUAAUGGAACUGACAGAGCUCUCCUUGGCUCCUUCACAGUUGAAUAGUUCAUUUUCAGAAUCUGAAAAUAACUUUUCCAGUUCCAGCAGUAGCAGCAGGAAAAGGAAGUUCUUCUCAGAUCAUCACCUGCUCAAAAGAACUUUGCCUCCGUUUCAGACAAGUACUGUUGACCUUCAUGUUAAGGAGCCUCUCCCUAUGGAUUGGGAGCAAUGCCUUGAUCUUGAGUCAGGAAAAAUGUAUUAUCUGAACAGGAAGACAUUGAGGAAAAGUUGGAACUGGCCUAAGGUGGAUCAAAAGCUAGACCUUGAACUCAACAUGUCACCACUCUCUGAUUCUCCUAAUCAUCAUCAACCAUGCAGAAACUCUAAUCACAUUAAUAAUUCUUCACUUGAAGAAUACUCAAAGAAGCUCCAUGCCUCGUCAAGCUUCAGCAACAAUAAUACGGUAGCAUUAGCUUGCUUGAAUUGCCAUCUUCUUGUCAUACUCUCAAAAUCCUCUCCCUCUUGCCCUAACUGCAAGUAUGUCCAUUCCCUUCCUACCCAUCAAGCCUCGCAGCCCAAAAUCUCUCCUACCAAGUCCCUCAACACCUUGAGCCUCUUGAACUAGACACUCAUGAAACAGAAAAUGGAGAGAUACAGUAGUGGGAUCAAUGGCAAAUAUGAUGAAUAUAUAUAUAUAUAUAUAUAU